AUGUGUUCUCUGGGACUAAUGAAACGAUUGAAACAAUCCAAAGACCCAUCCGUACUCCGUGAAUUUAACAGUUACCUUAAGUUCCGUGCGAAAUUGGCUAUGGCAAAUGCUCGUAUUCAAUUUCUCGAUGAGUUUAUAUCAAACUUGGAAUAUCCUAAACAAUACCGAACUGUGUUACGAAGAAAUUGUGUCAACAUCACUAAUAUGUUUCUAGGUCACCAAGCACUUAACCAACGAAAUACCUUAUCCAUCCGUUUACUCGAGAUGGAGCGAAAUUUCUUGAAAUCUUCCCGUGUCUUGGAUGAGCUGGCUGCAGAGGAGGAAACGGAAUUUGUGGCUUAG